AUGACAAUGCCUGGUCUACUCGGUUAUUUCAUGACGAUGAUCUAUAACCCGAAUAAUGUGGCCGUUGAGGCAAGCCCAUUCACCACAGUUGUUGAGCUGAAAGCGGGACAGCAACUGUGCAAAAUGUUUGGGUAUAAUACAGACGAGAAAGCUACAGAUUUGCCUCUCUCUUGGGGUCACAUCACCUGUGACGGGACCGUGGCCAAUCUCGAAUCCGUUUGGGUUGCCCGCAACCUCAAGUUUUAUCCCCUCACCCUGUAUCAGGCUAUGAAGGAGGGACCACUUGGGUUCAUUGCCGACACUUUCCAGGUGACCACUUGUGUUGGAGAAGAGAAGCUAUUCAAAGACCUGGGUGUUUGGGAACUCCUAAACCUACGAUCUGAUGAAAUCCUAGGUAUGGGGGAUGCUCUUUAUAGGCAGUUUGGUGUCACAUCCAAAUUUCUGGAGGAGGCCUUGAGACCAUUCACCAUCCAAACGACUGGCAAGGACGUGCUAGAACGCGAGUUUCGUAUCCAGAAGCCCAUCAAGUAUUUCCUCGCUCAAACACGGCAUUACUCGUGGCCAAAAAGCGGUGCGAUUGCUGGAAUUGGGUCCGCCAACAUCCAGGGUGUGGAGCUGGACAUGGAGGGGCGCCUUUCGCUUGAUGCCCUAGAACGAGAGCUUAAUCGCUGUCUUGAAGAACGUCAGGCGGUGUAUGCAGUAGUGGCCAUUAUGGGGUCGACCGAAGAAGGUGCGGUUGAUCGAUUGCAUGACAUCCUGGCCAUGCGUCGACGAUUCCAGGACAGGGGACUAUCCUUUCUGGUGCAUGCCGACGCUGCCUGGGGUGGGUACUUUGCUAGUAUGAUCCCUCGGCAUCUGAUGGACUCGAGGAUGCCCAGUGAGGAAGGGGAUGGAGAGGAGGCUGUAGGAAAUGUUCCUUCACUGCCUUUGAGAGAGGACACCCUCAGAGAUAUGAUUGCACUCAAGGAGACCGAUAGUAUCACGGUCGAUCCCCACAAGGCGGGCUACAUCCCUUACCCUGCGGGGAGCUUAUGUUAUCGAGACGGCCGCAUGCGGUUCCUAGUCACUUGGACCAGUCCAUACCUGACGCAAGGGUCCAUGGAGAAUAUCGGCGUGUAUGGUGUUGAGGGCAGUAAGCCCGGUGCUGCAGCCAUGGCAGCUUGGAUGUCCAACCAGACGAUCGGCCUGGAUCCGAGUGGAUACGGCCGUCUCUUGGGUGAGGCAGCCUUUACCAGUGCGCGGCUAUCGGCCUGGUACGCCGCCAUGCACGUCCGGCAACCCCUCGACAAUAAGGGUCAGCGCCGCUAUAUUAUCAUACCCUUUAACCCGUUGCCCAUCGAGAAGAAGGGUUACCAUAGCUUGGACCCCGAGGUUGACGACCGUCGCCAGGUAAUCUUCGACACAGUGAUCAAUCUCAAUAUCAACGCCUUCGCCAUCAACUGGUAUCGGGAGAAUGGCAAGCUCAACACGGACUUGGAAGAAGCCAACUAUCUGAUGAGGCGUGUGGUGAAUCGAUUAUCCAUUACCAAAAGCAGUGGGAAUCCCAGUGAGAUUCCGCUCUUUCUGACUUCAACGCAGUUCGAGCCAGCCUUAUACGGCCAGUGUGCUCAGAAUUUCAUGCAGCGUCUCGGACUGAAUGCCUGCGCUCAGGAUCUCUGGGUCGUGCGAAAUGUGGUGAUGAGCCCCUUCCCUACGGACCAAGACUUCAUCCGCACGAUUAUGAAGGAACUCGAGGAUGUGAUUAUUAAAGAAGUGGAAUGGUGCCGCGAGCGAAACAGUCCUGACGAUAAAGAAGUCGAGUUCCUUCUCCGGGGAACCGAUGAAGUCUUCCUGGAUUUCCAGACGAGUUUCCACCGCGCUACUCAACGGCAGCAGAUCAUUUUAGCGGCUCAGCUGGAGGAAGACACGAAAAAGAACUACAUUAAUCUGAAGAAAAAGUAUCCUAUGCAGGACAUUGCGUUCAGGUCCAAGAACCCCGAAAAUCUAGAGAAGAUGAUGACGACCAUCAGUCAAGGUAAAUCCUAUACGGUGCAUGGCAAGAUCGGGGCCCGCGAGGGUAAGGAGUUUAUCGGGCGCACUGUUGAAUGCAGUGUGAGGAUGAUUCAAAUUGUUAAAAGUCGUCCUUUGAACUCCGCUAAUCGCGACGACCACUAUCCACGACACUUCAUGCCUUUCUAUUUGUACGGCUCCCAGGACCAGUAUCAUAUCUCACAUAUGUUGCUGCAAGCACCUAACGUGAACUUGUCUGCCUGUGACGUCAAACUAAGUGAGGCGCUCUCCAAGACUGUGCGUACUCGACUGCGCAAGCGUGAAGGUCUGAUCCUCACUUUAACUGGGUACCGCGAGGAAACGAUGCAUCCAUUUCCCCAGAAGAACGACGAUGCUGUUUUCACCAGUGAUCACUUUUUCUUCCGCCCGGAACGAACCUUCAAGGUCAAGGUAUACGAGGAUCCCAAGCCGGACAUUGCGAACGGCCCAGGUCUAAUUGACAACCUCGGUACCCCCAUUGCACGAGGAGAAAUGACAUUGGGCAACGAUGUGCAUGUCGAUGUGGAGGCUCUGAAUUGGGAUCCACUGGAAGAGGUGGGACUCGAUGUGCCGUGGGAUUCGGAGUUGGACAAGAUUCAAGGUGUGUUGAAUACUGGGCGGAGGAUGGUGUCUGCCAUGGCCACUACAAGCUUUAGGGAUAGCGAUGGGCGGCGGAUACCAACUGAGACUUAG